AUGUCUGCUGCAGCUGCUGCCGCUCUUCCUCCUGAUGUGGACCGCUCCAAUGUGUACAUUGGAACCAUCAUCGGGUUUAUGGUUCCUGCAGGUCUCAUAUUGAUCCUUCGGGUAGCGGUUCGCACUCUGAUGACCAAGAACAUGAGCUGGGAUGACUGGUUGAUGAUAGUUGCCAUGCCUCUCCUAAUGGGUGGUGAGAUAUUGUCAAUCAUAUCAGCACAACAUGGACUUGGGCGACACAUCAUGUACUUGGAACCCGAGGACAUGAUAAUCGCAUUGAAAAUGAACACGAUAGCGCAACCUCUGAACAUCCUCGGAUUAUUCUUUGUCAAAGCUUCGAUUGUGGCUUUGCUCAUUCGUCUCAAGUGCAAGACAGUCUACAAAGCAAUCCUAUAUACCUCAUUGGCUCUCCUUUUGGUAAUUUCGAUUGUCGGCGUUGUCAUUGCAUUUGCGCAAUGUCGGCCUUUUGAGAAGAACUGGUUCGUGACCAUGCCGGGCACGUGCUGGUCUCGUGAUGUCUUCACGAAUGCACUCUAUACUCUCCAAGCCCUUACUAUUGCGACCGAUCUGUGCUAUAUCAUCAUCCCGAUUUUCAUGCUCUGGAAUGUGCAAAUGGCCAAAUCUACCAAGCUGAGUGUGUUGGGCGUCAUUGGAUUAGGUGCCAUCUCCAUGGUGUGUUCCAUUGUCGCCAUCCCUUUUACGCAUCAGCUUUCAGCGUCUCAAGAUGUCACGUGGGUAAUUAUAGACUUGGCAUGCGCUAAGAUUGCCGAAGUCAACGUCGCCGUGAUGGUCGGAUGUCUGCCUCCCCUGCAGCCCAUCUUCAAGAAGGUCAACCAGCGUUUCUUCUCUCAGAAGACUGUCACAAACAACACCUAUGAAGACCGAUUGGCUCGGCUUAAGCUCAAGCCCAGCGAGUACGAAGUUCUCAGCGGCAAGUCCAAGAACAGCAGGAAGCCUAAGAAUGAGCUCGACUCGUAUGACCAAACCUUUGCCAGCGAUACCACUAAGCGGGGUAGCAUCGACGGACACGAAUUAUUCUUGCUUGAGAAUGGGGCAGCUCCUGCGGUUCGCCCCAACGUGUAG